CGAGCGUUCGGACGUCAGAAUAGAGGCGUCUGCUUCUCGCGGGAGCCGAGCGGACGGUUGGCUGGGCCUAGCCGUUUGUACUGGUAGCCGUGGCGGUACUAGUCUACUUCAUCUCGUCUUGUUAAGGGUGAUUGCAGCAAAAUGAGUCUUCAUGGGGCUAGUGGUGGGCAUGAAAGAUCAAGAGAGCGAAGAAGGUCAAGUGAUAGAUCACGUGACUCAUCCCAUGAACGUCUUGAGUCCCAGCUCACUCCAUGCAUCAGAAAUGUUACUUCACCAACAAGACAACACCAAGGAGAACGUGAGAAGGAUCAUAGUUCAUCUCGACCAAGCAGCCCUCGUCCUCAGAAAGCUUCUCCGAAUGGCUCCGGUAGCAGUCUAGGAAACAGUAGUAGAAACAGUAGCCAGUCAAGCUCAGACGGGAGUUGCAAGAAUGCUGGAGAAAUGGUUUUUGUGUAUGAGAAUGCAAAAGAGGGCGCACGGAACAUAAGGACUUCAGAGAGAGUAACACUUAUAGUGGACAAUACUCGAUUUGUUGUAGAUCCUUCAGUUUUUACUGCACAGCCAAAUACAAUGCUGGGCAGGAUGUUUGGUUCUGGAAGGGAACAUAACUUCACACGGCCCAAUGAAAAAGGAGAAUAUGAAGUGGCUGAAGGAAUUGGUUCCACUGUGUUUCGUGCUAUCCUGGAUUAUUACAAGACUGGGGUGAUACGUUGUCCUGAUGGAAUAUCUAUUCCUGAAUUACGAGAAGCGUGUGACUAUCUAUGUAUUUCUUUUGAUUAUAGUACUAUCAAAUGUAGAGACCUCAGUGCUCUCAUGCAUGAGUUAUCAAAUGAUGGUGCUCGGAAACAAUUUGAAUUUUACCUUGAAGAAAUGAUACUGCCACUGAUGGUAGCCAGUGCUCAGAGCGGGGAAAGAGAAUGUCAUAUUGUAGUGCUCACUGAUGAUGAUGUUGUUGAUUGGGAUGAAGAGUACCCACCUCAAAUGGGAGAAGAAUAUUCUCAAAUUAUUUAUAGCACAAAGUUAUAUAGGUUCUUCAAGUAUAUUGAGAACAGAGAUGUGGCCAAAUCAGUACUGAAGGAAAGGGGUCUUAAGAAGAUUCGAUUAGGUAUAGAAGGUUAUCCCACAUACAAAGAAAAAGUUAAGAAGCGACCUGGUGGUAGACCAGAGGUAAUCUAUAAUUAUGUCCAAAGACCGUUCAUAAGGAUGUCAUGGGAGAAGGAAGAAGGGAAAAGUCGCCAUGUUGACUUCCAGUGUGUGAAAAGUAAAUCAAUUACCAACCUAGCAGCAGCUGCAGCAGACAUUCCCCAGGACCAGCUAGUAGUGAUGCACCCUACACCCCAGGUGGAUGAGCUAGAUAUUCUACCAAUUCAUCCUCAACCAAGCAACAGCGAUACAGAUCCUGAAGGACAGAACUUACCACUCUGAUCCAAACUGCUGGUUAAACAAAAGCAUGCUAUUAUAAAAAAAAAAAUUGAAGAUGCUGUAAUGAGCUCAUACUGCACUGCAAUUCCAGCUUCUCUCCAUUGUGUAAUGAACAUAAAAUGUUUCAGGAUAUUGCAGUAUGGACUUCACAAAGACCAAAGUGGGAUCUGAUUAUGGUUUGUAGGAGUACAUAUGUAACAUCAUGAGGUUCAGUUACAUACCUGCAUUUGUUUCCCAGUAAGUAGCUUUUGUGGUAUUGGUUGUAUGGUGGACUAUUAUUAGCCUCAAACUCUUGUCAAAAACAGCAGGAUUUGGAAGCUAUGGUUUCUUCAGUAUUUUGGUACUCAGUGGGCAAAAUGCAGAUUUAAAAUUGAUAGUGGCACUUUAUAAAUGGUAGACAAAAAAUAUUCUCAAAGCCAUUUUUAUAGUCUGGGUGCAGAAUGUUGAUUCUAACAGAGUGCUGCUUUCAGAGAUUAUUCAGCAAAAUGUAAAUAGUUCUGAGUAGGGGCAAUAGGUUACUUAACUUGUUCUCUAAUGGAUGAGCACAACAUUCUUGCCACUGGGACUUUUGGAUUGUGAUCCAACAGCCUCCUUUUUUCAGAAUUAUCCAGUGAAUUUUUUUCCAUGUUUUGAUGUGAGCCAUGUUGAAGGGUCAGGAACAACUGAUAUGGGCUUUAUCUUUAAAAAAAUGCCUUAUCUUAAAUCUGUUCACAGAAAUAUUUAUUUACUGAGAGGUUUUUCAUGUGUCAUAGAAUAGAAAAAUGCAAAUUGUUCACUCUUCACUUAAUAACUGAUUGUAAACAAGUUUUUCAUUCAAAUAAAAUUUCCAUUAUUUUAAUAUUAGCAGUAAUAUAAUUUAUUCAUUCUUCUGAAAUUGAUUAACAGUCUACGUUGUUUACAUUUUACAGAAAAAAUAAUCAGAUCAUCUAUUUAAUACGGAGUGGCUUGCUUUUUCUAUGAUUCCCCAUUUUUCGGACUUUUCCUUGGAAAAUAAGGCAAAAUAGGGCAAUUCAUGAGAUUUUGGAAAUUCUCAUGAUAUGGUUAUCUGACUGCUUUUGACUAGAAUUGACUUCCAUCAAAUAUUUUGUAGAAUUAGACUAAUAACUUUGGAUUGGUUGACAGGGUCAAUUGACCUUUGAUAUUUGUGUAACAUAUUAAUGUCAUCUGCAUUGACCAAUUAAAUUCAUUG